GCAGCCCGGCUCGGAUCCCGCCCGGCGGCUCCCCCACGACCCGGGCGUCUCCUGCCAGCAUCCCCCGCCGCUGGACCAGUCCCCCAGGCUCCAUCCCUCGGGGCAUCUCCUGCCAGGACCAGGAUGAGCCGUCAGGGCAUGAUCACCCAGGCGCAGACCCGCAUCCGCACGGACCCCUUCACCGACAGCUACAGCCUGAUGGGCAAGGAGCUGGGCAGGGGGAAGUUUGCGGUGGUGAAGAAGUGCCAGGAGAAGGCCACGGGCAAGGAGUUUGCAGCCAAGUUCCUGCGAAAGCGGCGCAAGGGUGAGGACUGCCGACCAGACAUCCUGCAUGAGGUCGCCGUGCUGGAGAUGGCUGCCCCCAGCCCCCACGUGGUGGAUCUGCACGAGGUCUAUGAGACGCCUGCUGAGAUCGUGCUGGUUCUUGAGUGUGCGGAUGGAGGAGAGAUCUUCCACCAGUGCGUGGCAGAGCAAGAUGAGGCCUUCACUGAGAAAGAUGUCAUCCGGCUGGUCCGGCAGAUCCUGAGUGGUGUCUCCUACUUGCACAGGAACAAUGUCGUUCACCUGGACCUGAAGCCCCAGAACAUCCUGCUCACCUGCAGCAGCCCCUUAGGCGACAUCCGCAUUGUGGACUUUGGCUUAUCCCGGCGAGUGGAUGCUGUGCAGGAAGUGCGCGAGAUUUUGGGCACCCCAGAGUAUGUGGCCCCCGAGAUCCUGAACUAUGAGCCUAUCAGCACAGCCACCGACAUGUGGAGCAUUGGUGUCCUGACCUACGUCAUGCUGACAGGUGAGUCGCCCUUCCUGGGCGACACCAAGCAAGAGACCUUCUUGAACAUCUCCCAGGUGAACGUAGAGUACCCACCUGACGUCUUUGAGGGCAUCUCCGACCUGGCCAUCGAAUUCAUUCAGUCCCUGCUCAUUAAGAACCCCAGGAAACGAGCCCAAGCUGAGCAGUGUCUCCAGCACCCCUGGCUGUCACCAUCACCAACUUUGGAGCUGUCAUCCCCACUGCUGGCAGAAUCGGAGCUGGUGGCGGGGAGCAAGGACAGCAGCCCAGACGAGGCCCAGGAGCUAGUCCUGGUGACUUCCUACACAGUGCGCCGCCCCUGUCGGCAGCCGCAGGAGACAGAGCUGGCUGGCGGGGGAAAGACGUUCCCAGCGCUGCAAGAGAUUGCCCAGGAGCUGGUGUGCUGAGACACGUACCAUGUGCCCUUGCCUCCUGCCUCAAAGGAUCAUGUGCUGGACUUGCUGCUGCCCCAGGCCUGCUGGGUGCUUCAGGCCUGUGGUGCCUGCCCUGGAGUCAGGCAGCCCCUGGACUCCAAAGGGGUGGAUGCCCCAGAGUGGGGGUCUUCUGCUUGCUGACCAACCCCAGGAGGGGAGUAGUUCUGCCUUAGGGUCUCUCAGGAACCAGCUGGAUGCCCAGCUGCUGGAGGCACCUGUGCUACUGUGCAUGGAGCUGAGACUCUUGUGUAAAUAGGUUUGUGAGGGGAUGGAGCCCCCGAGCAGGGCAGUGGCUGCUUCCAGUGCUCCAGAGGGUAUGGGAGGGUUGCUGAUGUCUGCUGUGCAUGUGGAGGGAGGGAGAUGCCCUGCUACUGGUCAGGGCUUGCUUGUUGGGGUGUCAUGUCCCCAGAAGCCAACCCCUCCCCCUCACUUAGCCAGCAAUUGCAGGAAGAAGCUGCCCCCUGAUACCUCUGUGGCACCCCUAAAAGAUUUUGGGCUUCUGCAAAGGGGGAUGCUCUGACCAAGGGAACGCUCCUGGUCACAGGACUCAGGCUGGAACCGAGUCUGCAGAAGCAGGUCCUGGAGCUCAGUGUCCCCAGGCAGGCCUGGCAGCUGCACAAGGAGCACCAUAUCCUGGCAGGGCUGUGCCCUCUGGAUUGCUGGUGGAGCCCCUGCCAGCCCACCAUGAAGCCCCAUCUCCCUGGAGCAAGGAAGCACUGCUGGGGGGAGCUAGGCCUACAACCAACACAGGCAGUAACUGCACCUUUUGGGGGUGCGCUGGGACCCAGCCCAUCCCUGCAAACAGGCUUCAUCGGGGGAUAUGACGCUGUGCUUUGUAAGUGGUUUCUGAACAGCUUUAAUUAGCUGAUUAUUUAAUAGCCCCGCUGGGUGAGGGGAGGGGAGGGCUAGAGGGUGAAGGCUCACAUGCUCCCACUCAGUGCCAAUGGGCCAUGGGCAGGCUCCAGCUCCCAGGAAUGCUGCUACCUGCACCACACUGUUGUUAUGCAGGGUGCCCUGGUACCAGGGAAAUUAGUCGGCUGGGGGGGUCAGCAUUGCUUCCUUCCUGCCCUCCCCAUUGAGGCCACUGCCUCAGAUACUUCUGGGGUGUGGGGGGGAAUUGCCAGGAGUGGGGCAAUUUUUUGGAUAGAGGGUAGAAGCAGUGGGGCCUGCAGGGGGUUGGUACAGGGCUCAGGGAUUGGUGUGCCCCCAUCUCCCAUUCACUGUCUGGUGUCCUGGGUCCAUCGGAUCUGCAACAUACAUGACUCAAGCACAGGAAAAUCGGUAGCUCAAAAGGCCCCAUGUCUUGUACAACCUCCCAGUGCCCUUGGCUGGACGUAACAAGAACAGCCGGGGGGAGGGGGAUUCCCAGCCAUGGCCACUUCUACCCCAUGUAGGUAUUUGAAGCAGAGGGACCCCAGGGAGCUGUUGUCACAGGGGAGUGAUGGUCCCAGCAGGGAAUGCGCUGCUCUGUUGCCACGUGUUACUUGGUUGCUGGAUUUUUUUUUUAAAUAAAGGAUUAAUAUUGA